UGUGAAGCAUCACUGCCCCCGCCUCUUCUCCCUGUGCUCAGGCUCGGCCUUUUCUGUGUGUCUGAGGUGGGACUGGACAGCCAACUAUGGGAAGACUUAGCUGACAGCACCCAGACCUGGGCUGGGACCCUGGAACUGGGGCUGACCUGGGGAUAGGCUGCGCCACUCUGCCCUGACCUUGGGAUUGGCACCAGCUUCCGACCGGUACCUGGCAAAGCCUGGAAGUCCUUGCAGUGGCCACGGACACUACAUCUGGGGCAGUACCUCCUCACUAGGGGUCAUGUUCAUCGUUCCAUUGACUAUCAUCAUACUGUCAGUGGCGCUGGCUGUGGGGCUUCCUGGCAACAGCUUUGUGGUGUGGAGCAUCCUGGUGAGGAUGCGGAAGCGCUCCGUCACGGCCUUGCUGGUGCUGAACCUGGCCCUGGCGGACUUGGCUGUCUUGCUCACUGCCCCCUUUUUCCUGUACUCUGUGGCGCGCCGCACCUGGACAUUUGGGCUGGUUGGCUGCCGCCUGUUUCACUAUACCUGCGGAGUCAGCAUGUACGCCAGCGUCCUGCUGAUCAUGGCCAUGAGUCUGGACCGCUCGCUGGCCGUGGCCCUCCCCUUUGUGUCCCAGAAGUUUCGCACCAAGGCCGUUGCCUGGUGGGUGCUAGCAAGCAUCUGGGUGAUGUCCCUUCUGCUGGCCACACCCGUCAUCAUGUACCGCACCCUGACGAAACAGAACAACCAUACCCUGUGCUUCCCGACGUACUCCAGCGAACGAGUCAAGGCAUUCCAUCUGCUCUUCGAGGCCUUUACCGGCUUCCUGCUGCCCUUCCUGCUGGUGGUGGCCAGCUAUUCGGACAUCAGGCGCAGGCUGCAGGCCCGGCGCUUCCGCCGCAGCCGCCGCACCGGUCGCCUGGUGGCGCUCAUCAUCCUGGCCUUCGCCGCCUUCUGGCUGCCCUACCACGUGGUGAACCUGGCCGAGGCGGGCCGGGCCCUGGCGGGCAGGGAGCUGGGGCCGGGGCCGGGGCGGAUGGGAGACCCGCUGCUGCUGGCGCGCCACGUGUUCAUCGCGCUGGCCUUCCUGAGCAGCAGCGUGAACCCCGUGCUGUACGCGUGCGCCGGCGGCGGCCUGCUGCGCUCGGCCGGCGUGGGCUUCGUCGCCAAGCUGUUGGAGGGCACCGGUUCCGAGGCGUCCAGCGCGCGCCGCGGGGACACCCUGGGCCGGAUGGUGAGGGGCGCCCCCGCCCCUCCCGAGCCCGGCCCCUCCGAGAGCCUCGCGGACUCCAUCGACGCUCUGCAGUGAAGCGAACUGAACUAGGCCUGGGGGUUGCUGGUGGAAGGACUCUGGCUGUCCUCGCGGCGGCGGAAUGCUCCCUGCGUUGGCCAGACCCAGUUUACCCCGAGGCGGAGGCGGAGGAGAACGCGAGGAGGGUGGAGCAGAAGAGGAGGGAGG